AGCAAUUAAAUGAAUGGCUUUUUCACAACUAAACCGCAUUAAAAUGGCUCGCGUUAAAUUCACGAUGAUGAUUGGACCGUCUAAAAAGCGAACCCAGGUUAUUAAACCCAAACCUCAAACAUCACUUGAUCGACGUCUGAUCGAACUGGAGAUGCGAAUAAAUAGCUUUGCUAAGGAAGUAAUGGAUUACAAAAAGAAAUAUAGCCCUUGUAUCAUUAUGAAGACAUCGGACAACCGAUGCCCUAUUCGAUUGAAUCUGGAAUUUAUGCGAAGGAUUGAAGAUCUCGCUGUGCAGUUUUUGGUUCAGGGAAAUUCUCCAAUUGUUGUUUUCACUUCUUGACUUGUCGAAAAUCACCAGAAGUCCAGUUUAACGAGUACUUCAAAGUUGGAAUCACAGCAUUCGGCCAAACCAAACCGAACUUAAAACAUAUUACAUAAACCACAUGUUUCAUACAAAUGCAACAGACAAAAGACUAAUCAUUUAAAUAAAAAACAAAUA